AUGUCUACCACCGAUGCAGAUCGGAAGAUCAAGUUCAUGACCUACAACGUCUGGAGCAAUGAGCACGUUGCGGUGUAUCGAAGGAUGCAGGCGGUUUCCGAUCUCAUAGCUCGCCAUGACCCGGACGUCAUCCUCUUGCAGGAGGUCACGCCGUAUAUGAAGGAUAUCCUUCGCAAGUCUCCAUGGUGGAGGCAGUAUUACGAGAAAUGCCAUGCUCCGGACUGUUUUGCCAUACUACUAACCAAGUUUACAACAGGGCAGCUAGGUGAUAUCAUUCCAGAUGUAGCAUGGUUGAGGCCGCUAUCACUGCCCAAAGGUUUGUUGUCAGUAUUUCUCUACUGGAAGUGCAGACGACUUACCGAGACCGCGGUCGAUGCAGGUGUCGAGGGCCGCCUCCACCCCAUGUAUUGCGACCACAAGCUGAUCGUAUCGACAUGUCUCUUCCCUGGCCCCUCCCAGUCGGGGAUUCACUCCAAGGACAGGCUCGACAAAGCCGACCAGUACCUGGAGUACAUCGAUAGGCGCGCUGACCCCAACGCCGUGCUCGGAGGCGACAUGAACUGGGACGACGACCUCGACGGCCCCUUCCCCAUCGAGGGCCGCAAGGGGUGGGUGGAUGCCUGGUGCGAGCUGCGGGGCGACAAUGGCAGCGCCGGGGGGUUGACGUACGACUCGGUAGCGAACCCGAUGCUGCGGAGCUUCAAGUCAGGGCGGACGAGGCCAGACAGGUUCAUAUGCAAGCUCAGAGACUUCAACUUGGACAGCAUCGAGAUGAUCGGGACAGAGGCCAUUCCGGGUGUGACCUAUUACGAUGACAAGGGAAACCAGCUGCCGGUUCUCCCCAGCCAUCACUUCGGGCUGAUGCUCACGGUCUCGCCUAAGCAUGACUAA